AUCUCCGGUGUGGCAUCAUGGACCAAUUAAACAAGACUCACCGUAAGCCAAAGGAGAAGAAGAAAUUUACGGGUGAGCUCAAUCGGUCGUUCAUUGGGUUCAAUUGCUAAUAAUCGUUCAGGACGGAACCCCAAAGCGUUCGCCUUUGCGAACCCCGGAAAACUUCAGAAGCAGGCAACAAGAUCUCACGAUGUACGUUAUGUAUCUGUAAAGACAGGACGAAUUAGUAGGGAGUGGGGCACGGAUAACUGAUUGCUUUUGGCGGGGAUGGAUAGGUCAAGGAAAAGCGGCUACAUGUCCCCAUGGUGGACCGACUCCCGGAGGAGCCACCACCAUUAAUCGUUGCGGUCGUCGGUCCUCCGGGCGUGGGUAAAACCACCUUGGUAAAGUCACUGGUGAAGCGGUACACCAAGCAUACACUGUCCUCGAUCCAAGGGCCCGUCACCGUCGUCACGAGCAAGAAGCGUCGUCUAACCUUCCUGGAAUGCGACAAUUCGCUCGCUUCCAUGAUUGACAUAUCGAAGAUUGCGGAUAUUGUCCUGCUUCUGAUUGACGGGAACUUUGGCUUCGAGAUGGAGACUAUGGAGUUCUUGAAUGUGAUUGCUGCGCAUGGGUUGCCGUCCAAUAUCUUUGGCAUCCUUACACAUUUGGACCUGUUCAAGUCACAGUCGGUACUGCGCACUACGAAGAAGAGACUGAAGCAUAGGUUCUGGUCGGAGCUGUAUCAGGGCGCCAAGUUGUUCUACCUGUCCGGGGUGAUCAACGGACGGUAUCCCGAUAGGGAAAUACACAAUUUGAGCAGGUUUAUCUCUGUUAUGAAGAACCCACGGCCGUUAGUGUGGAGGAGUUCACAUUAUUACUUGUUGGCGGAUAGGAUGGUUGAUUUGACGGACCCUGUGGCGAUAGAAGACGAUCCAAAGGUUGACCGGAAGGUUGCGUUGUAUGGGUAUGUUCGUGGCCUGAAUUUUCCGAAUGAAGGGGCUCGGGUACAUAUUCCUGGUGUGGGAGACUUGUCUGUCUCUAGUGUCGAAUCGCUACCGGACCCUUGCCCUACACCCGCGAGGACUGCUGCGGAAGGGAAGGGCAGGAAGAGGUUGGGCGAGAAGCAGAAGCUUAUCUAUGCCCCUAUGAGUGAUGUUGGUGGUGUCUUGGUCGAUAAGGAUGCUGUAUACAUCGAUGUCCCCUCGCAGAAUUUUGAGGAAGGAGCGGAGGGGCAGGGAGUGGGGGAGAGAUUAGUCAUUGGAUUGCAAAAGGGCAAGAGAGGAGAGGCAGAUGGUGUCAGGCUUUUCACAGACGGCGAGGUGCUGAAACAAGUUCAGUGUGAUGAUGGGGAGAAAGGAGAUGUUGGCCGAAAACAUAAGAGAAAUGUCAGAGCUUUACAGCCAAGCAGAGACGACACAAAUGCAGAAGGUUACAAUGGCGGAGGCGGAGGCGAAGACGAGGAGAUGGACGAUGUGGGCUUUGCAACCGGGGACGAGGACGAAGAUGCGAGUGACGAUGAGGGCAUCACAUCAGAAUCCUUUGAGCUGGGGAAAGCUCUACGAGGGAAUCAGGGUGAAGGGAGUGUCAAAGACGACAUCACUUUUGCUGAAAGCGACUCUGAAUUCGACGAGGACGAUCUCCCAUCGGACGAGGAUGAGGAUGACGACGACACCCCCCGUUGGAAGCAUGACCUUUCAAACAACGCAAAAAAACUGUGGAUGAAGUCACAUAGUACGGUCAACCUCAGUAAACUAAUAUACGACGAAGCCCUUACUCCCACUGAAGUUGUUCAAAAAUGGCGAGGCGAGUACGAGCCAAAGUCACAGAGGAGGUCUAAGAAUACCAGUGAUGGGAGUGACGGCGAGGAAGAUUUCUUCAAGAAGGUCGAGGAUGAUGAUAAUGAUGAUGAUAGCAAAUCCUCUGCUAAGAGGAUUGCGGAUCGGAGUUUGCCAACUUACGAUAUGGAGAAACUAGGAAACUACUGGAGUGAAGAACCUGCGAUAGAGGAUCUGAGAAGACGGUUUAUCACUGCGAACCUGCUAGAGGAGAAGGAGAAGGCUGAAAGGGAAGAUGGCGAGUUUGCCGGUAUCGGUGAUAGUGAUGACGAGGGAGACGGUGUUUUCGAGGAUUUAGAAACCGGGGAAAUGCAUGGUGGGAGUGUGGGAGAGGUCGGUGGUGGUGAGAGCGAUAGGCAUGAUAGUAAAGGGGAUGGCGAGGAAACUUCCCUGGAGAAAGAGCGUGAGAAGAAUGCCCGAAGGAAGGAGGAGCUUAGGCUUCGAUUUGAGGAGGAGGACCGGGAAGGUAUCAACAACGACAAGAGCGGCGAUGGCAAAGAUGGCGAGGAAUUCGGAGAAGAUGAUUGGUACGAUGCUCAAAAGGCGAAAUUCGCGAAGCAACUGGCUGUCAACAAGGCUGAAUUUGAGCAAUUGGAUGAUGCCACUCGGGUAAAGGUUGAGGGCCAUAGAGCCGGAACAUAUGCUCGAGUAGUCCUUUCAAACACCCCAUACGAGUUUGUCGCUCACUUUGACCCAAAGUACCCCGUCCUUGUCGGUGGUCUCACCGCCACUGAAGACCGCUUCGGCUUUCUACAAGUGCGAAUUAAACGACACAGAUGGCACAAAAAGAUUCUCAAAACCAACGAUCCACUAACCUUCUCUCUGGGCUGGCGUCGAUUCCAAAGCAUCCCUAUCUACUCAACCUCUGACUCCCGAACCCGGAACCGAAUGCUGAAGUAUACCCCGGAGCACAUGCACUGUUUCGGCACCUUCUACGGCCCAUUGAUCGCUCCGAACACAGGUUUCUGCGCGGUCCAAUCUCUCUCCUCCAAAAACCCUGGCUUCCGCGUCUCCGCAACUGGCGUCGUCUUAUCCGUCGACCAAUCCACUGAGAUUGUCAAGAAGCUAAAGCUUACUGGUACGCCUUACAAGAUUUUUAAAAAUACCGCCUUCAUAAAAGACAUGUUCAACUCCUCCCUUGAAGUCGCCAAGUUCGAGGGUGCUAGUAUAAGGACUGUAUCGGGAGUCCGCGGUCAGAUCAAGCGAGCGCUAUCCAACUCAAAACAAGACGGACGCUUCCGGGCAACCUUCGAAGACAAAGUCCUCAUGAGCGACAUCAUCUUCCUUAGAGCAUGGUACCCAAUUAAACCGCGAAAGUUCUACAACCCCGUAACAAACCUCCUAACAGGUGUCACACGCCCGGACGCUCCAACAUGGAACGGUAUGCGCACAACCGGCGAGGUCCGCCGGGAGCUCAAUAUCAAAACCCCCAUGAUCGCUGACUCGACAUACAAACCCAUCGAGCGCUCCACCCGCCGUUUCAACCCACUGCGCGUGCCAAAGGCUAUACAAAGGGAACUUCCCUUCGCCUCCCAAAUCCACCAGAUGAAACCGAGGAAGCGGACUACUUACUUGGCCUCUCGCGCGGUAGUGGUGAAUAGUGAAGAGAGGAAGGCCCGGGAUCUUAUGCACAAGAUUGCCACGCUGAAGAAGGAGAAAGAGGCAAAGAGGCACGAGGCAAAGGAAAAGAAGAGAGAGGUCUAUAGGAAGAAGGUGGCUGAGAAUGUGGAGAUGAAGGCUGCGAGGGAGAAGAAGGAGCGGGAUGAGUAUUGGGCGAAAGAAGGGAGGAAGAGGAGGAACACUGAGAGUGCUGGAGGUGGCGGGAGGGGAAAGAGGAGAAGGAGUGGGGAUGAUUAGAGGGGUUGUACAGUAGGUGUGCAUGUAUGAUACCGGUGGCGAGGGAUGAUUGUGUUUACGACUGAUAGUUGAAAUAACUGGUCAAUGGUUUGAUAAUUUAUUCCCCCUACG